UCACCCCCGUCCUCCAGAAAAGGGGAAUCCAAUUCCAAUCCGCAACCAUACCAACAUAUCCUCCUCCUCCUCCUCGCCGCUUCCUUCGAGUUCGCGGCCCCCAGCCACUCCCAAACCCUCCUAACCGACAUGGCCGCGCCCUCGUCCUGGGCGAAUCUCUCACCCAAGGAAGUGUCCGAGAUCGCCCGCCGCGUCCCUUGCGAAGGGGACCGCGCCCACAUGGCCUUCGUGUGCCGCUCAUGGCGUGCGGGGCUCGCAGCUCCGCCGCCGCCGCUCCCGCGGCUUCUCCUGCCGUCCGACGGAUUCACUCGCGUCUACUGCAUCCUUAGCGGCUGCAGCGUCCACCGGGGGUACCAGGACCCGGUCGGCCUGCGCUACCUCGGCUCGUGCGACGGCGGCUACCUCUUCCUCGCCAUGGAGCAAACUAGCCGCCACCGCCUCGUGAACCUGCACAGAGAGGGGCCGCGCAUCCUCCCCGACGUGGUCUGCCCCAGCUACGACCCGUCGGUGAAGCACGUCCAGAACAUGGUCGUCCUCGCCUCCGUCCUCUCGUCCCCGCCAGACGACCCAGGCUGCGUCGCCGCCGGCAUCGUCACAUAUCAGCGGGACACCGACGGCCCGCGGCAGCGCCGCCGUUACGCGUUCUGGCGCAUGGGCGAUCAGGUGGCCUACGAUGCGAUGCCUCCUACCAGAAACGACGCGGUGGAGGACGUCGUGUUCCACGACGGUUUCUUCAGUUUCCUCACCGACGAGGAAGACAUCAUGGCGUGCUCACCAGAGUUCUAUCAAGAUGGGGACGACCCGCUUUCGUUAUGGGCGACGCUACGCUGCUUCGAGCCGAGGGACCGCGGUCACGACGUGUUCGUUCGUGCCCGCUACCUCGUGGUGUCCCGCGGUGAACUGCUAAUGGUCGUCAGAUUCGCUCCCGACCCUGAGUUGCCGACAUCGGCGUUCAAGGUGUUCAACGCAGUUGGACCCCAUCUUCCAGAGGAAGACGGGAACAGCAGUCUUGUUUGGUAUCGCUAUUCGUGGAGCGAGCUGGACUCGCUGGGUGGCCGGAUGCUGUUCGUGGGGCGAGGCUGCUCCAGAUCCUACGAAACGGCCGACUACCCGGGGUCCAAGGACGGCAUCUACUUCGUGGACGAUCGGAGCUUCUACGACGAGCAGAUCAUGUUUCGCGGUGUCGAUGAGAGGCAGUACCCCUGCAGCGACACCGGCAAGUGGACGCAAGGGCCGCCUCCCAAUGUCGAGCGCUUCUUCCCGGAGCAGGGCCCAUCGAACCACUCUUCUCCGGCUUGGCUUCUCCCUUAGACGACGCCAGGUUUUUUGCUACGAACUUACCUCCAUUCGAUCAGUCUGUGAUGUUGGAGCGCAAUAGAUGAUGCGAGCGUUCUAAUUCCUGUGACCUUGCCUUGUUCAGAUGAGACGAUUGCUGAAAACUUGAUAUCAUUGCCGUGCCUUGCGGUUCGAUACUUUCCUGUACUUGUGGAAAUCUAUCAGUUACCGGUUGUGACUGAGAAGUAAUAGAGAAACCAUUCUGAUA